AUCCGGGGGGAAGAUUUUCGGUGUGCGCUUCUGGUGAGCGGAAGUAACGUCGCUCGAACGCCGGGCGCCACUUCCUUACAUGCCUCCAGAGCCAGUGUGUAUAGGCUUGGAAGGAUAAGAUCGGCAUUGGGCAAACUCGGGGUUUGAAAAGUGUAGGGACUUGAAUCUGGAGCGCAAACGUUCAAAAUGGGAAAGGGACUCCCUGCACACUCGCUGCUGGCCAAUACAUAUUGGGCUCCCCAUUCAAAGAAGAAGCUGCCAUUUGAUUACAAGGUGAUUGAAGACAUCUAUGUAAAGGAAAUUGCAGCAUCGAGGUUUUCCAUCAAAAAGAUAAUGCUCUUAGAGUUCAGUCAGUACCUGGAGAACUACUUAUGGGUAAAUUACUCGCCAGAGGUGUCCAGUAAACCCUAUCUGAUGUCCAUCUGUUGCAUGGUGAAUGAGAAAUUCAGGGAAAAUGUGCCAGCCUGGGAGACCUUCAAGAAGAAACCAGAACACUUCCCUUUCUUUUUCAAGAGUAUAAUGGAGGCAUCCAUAACUGUGGAGACUGAAAAUGACUUCUCUUUGCAUGAGCUCACAGUCCUGCUUGUUUUCUUAGAUCACUGCUUCAACAGCCUGGAGGUUGAUUUGAUUCGUGGACAGAUUCAGCAACUCAUCUCCCUGCCCAUGUGGAUCUGCCUUCAGCCGAGCCGUUUGGAAAAGGAGCUGAAGAAAACACCAAAACUUAGGAAAUUCUGGAAUCUCAUUAAGAAAGCAGAUGAGAAAAUGGACAGUAAAGCAUGUGCACAGGCAAUGCAGGAAAGGACAUUCCUUAAACAACUUAUCCAGAAUUUCCUGUCGGUACUCCAGUCCAUCCCAACUUCUGGUACAGUCAGCAUGGACAGAGUGCAUUACUGUGAGCGAUUUAUAGAACUCAUGAUUGACCUGGAGGCUUUGCUUCCCACACGCCGCUGGUUUAACACUGUGCUAGAUGAUUCACAUUUGGUUGUUCAUUGCUACCUUUCCAACUUAUUCCAGCGGGAACAGGAGGGACAUCUCUUCUCCCAGCUUCUGGACAUGCUGAAAUUUUAUGCUGGGUUUGAAAUAAAUGACCAGACGGGAAAUGCCCUAACAGAGAAUGAGAUGACCACAAUUCACUAUGAUCGCAUUACUUCCUUGCAGAGAGCAGCUUUUGCUCACUUUCCUGAACUCUACAACUUUGCACUUUCAAAUGUGGCAGCUGUUGACUUGCGAGAAUCCCUUGUGAAAUUAUUUGGUCCUCUAAAUCCAAACACACUCCACGGGGUGGCCUCGUACCUUUGUCUUUUACCAGCUCUAGCUGAAGGAGAGGACACAAAAUAUGAAAAAGAGUUACUCUUGGAACUGCUGGUCUCUCGGCAUGAACGUCGCAUCUCUCAAAUUCAGCAGCUGAACCAAAUGCCCUUGUACCCCACAGAGAAGAUUGUAUGGGAUGAGAACAUCGUGCCUACAGAGUACUAUUCCGGGGAAGGGUGCCUUGCACUGCCAAAAUUAAACCUGCAGUUCCUUACCCUACAUGAUUAUCUACUGCGCAACUUCAACCUCUUCCGCUUGGAGUCAACAUAUGAGAUCCGUCAGGACAUUGAGGAUGUGGUUUGCCGCAUGAAGCCUUGGCAGUCCGAAUAUGGAGGCAUUGUUUUUGGGGGUUGGGCACGUAUGGCCCAGCCAAUUGUGGCCUUCUCAGUAGUAGAAGUGGCCAAGCCCAAUAUUGGCGAGAACUGGCCAACUCGAGUCAGGGCCGAUGUCACAAUCAACCUGAAUGUCCAAAAACACAUCAAAGAAGAAUGGGAAGGUCUCCGCAAGCAUGAUGUCUGCUUCCUGAUCACCUUAAGGCCCUGCCUGCCUUAUGGUACAAAAAUUGAUCGGCGGCAACCCAUUGUAGAGCAGACUGGCCUCAUGUAUCUACGGGGGUGUGAGAUCCAAGGCAUGCUGGAUGAUAAGGGACGAGUCAUUGAGGAAGGUCCAGAACCCAAACCCAUACUUAGAGGAGACUCCAGAACAUUCCGGGUGUUCCUUGACCCCAACCAGUACCAGCAGGACAUGACUAACACCAUCCAGACUGGGGCAGAGGAUGUGUAUGAAACAUUUAACUUGAUUAUGAGGCGGAAGCCCAAAGAAAAUAACUUUAAGGCUGUUCUUGAGACCAUCCGGAAGCUGAUGAACACAGACUGUGUGGUGCCUGACUGGCUUCAUGACAUCAUUUUGGGUUAUGGAGACCCAGGAAGUGCCCACUACACAAAAAUGCCAAAUCAGAUUUCAACACUGGACUUCAAUGACACCUUUUUAAGUUUGGACCACCUUAAGUCAUGUUUUCCGGGCUACAAAACUAAGGUGACAGUGGCUGAUCCAUCCAUGCAAAAGGCCCCUUUUAGAAUUACGUUUCCUGUCUAUGGAGGCAAAGGUAAGAAGCGGAAAGAAGGCUCCGAAGAAGAAACUGAGCAGGAAGAGACCCCCACCUUGACUGUAGAGCCACAUGUCAUACCGAACAGAGGGCCUUACCCAUACAACCAACCAAAACGCAACACCAUCCAGUUCACAUCUACCCAGACGGAAGCUAUCCGUGCAGGCAUGCAGCCUGGCCUUACUAUGGUAGUCGGACCACCUGGCACAGGAAAAACAGACGUAGCUGUCCAGAUCAUUUCCAAUCUGUAUCACAACUUCCCGGAGCAGAGAACCCUUAUUGUGACGCACUCCAAUCAGGCUCUGAACCAGCUGUUUGAGAAGAUUAUGGCUCUGGAUAUUGACGAGAGGCACCUCCUGCGUCUGGGCCAUGGAGAGGAGGAGCUGGAGACUGAGAAGGAUUUCAGCAGGUAUGGAAGAGUGAAUUAUGUACUAGCAAGAAGACUGGAGUUACUUAAGGAGGUUGGAAGAUUACAAGAGAGUUUGGGGGUGCCAGGAGAUGUGUCCUAUACCUGCGAGACCGCUGGCCAUUUCUUCUUGUACCAGGUCAUGUCUCGAUGGGAGGCUUACCUGAGCAAGGUGAAAUCCAAAUCCAAUCACACUCCAGAUGUGAGUGAUGUUGGCAAACAUUUUCCCUUCCAUUCCUACUUCUCCAAUGCUCCUCAGCCCAUCUUUAAAGGUCAAACGUAUGAGGAGGACAUAGAGCUGGCUGAAGGUUGCUUCCGACACAUCAAGAAGAUUUUUACUCAGCUUGAGGAGUUUCGAGCCUUCGAGUUGCUGCGUAGCGGGCUAGAUCGCUCCAAAUACCUUCUGGUCAAGGAAGCCAAGAUCAUUGCCAUGACCUGCACACAUGCUGCACUGAAACGCCAUGACCUUGUGGAGCUGGGAUUCAAGUACGAUAACAUCCUGAUGGAAGAAGCCGCUCAGAUUCUUGAAAUUGAGACGUUCAUCCCCCUCCUCCUCCAGAAUCCGGAGGAUGGUUUCAGCCGUCUAAAGCGCUGGAUCAUGAUAGGGGACCACCAUCAGCUACCCCCUGUCAUUAAGAACAUGGCCUUCCAAAAGUAUUCCAAUAUGGAGCAGUCACUCUUUACCAGAUUUGUUCGUCUGGGUGUGCCAACAGUUGACCUUGAUGCCCAGGGAAGAGCAAGAGCAAGCCUGUGCAAUUUAUACAACUGGCGUUAUAAGAGCCUGGGAAAUCUACCUCAUGUCCAGCUUCUUCCUGAAUUCCAAACAGCCAAUGCCGGGCUUUUAUAUGAUUUCCAACUUGUCAACGUGGUAGAUUUCAAUGGCGUUGGAGAGUCAGAGCCCAACCCAUACUUUUACCAGAAUUUGGCUGAAGCUGAAUAUGCAGUGGCACUGUUUAUGUAUAUGCGCCUACUUGGAUACCCAGCCAAUCGUAUCAGCAUCUUAACCACCUACAAUGGACAGAAGCAUCUGAUCCGUGACAUCAUCAAUCAGCGAUGUGGAAAUAACCCCAUGAUUGGUCAGCCCAGUAAGGUUACUACAGUGGAUAGAUUUCAAGGACAGCAAAACGACUACAUCAUCCUUUCACUAGUCAGGACCAAGGCAGUGGGUCACCUAAGGGAUGUAAGACGACUGGUAGUGGCCAUGUCCAGAGCUCGCUUAGGCCUGUACGUUUUUGCCAGAGUUUCCCUGUUCCAGAACUGUUUUGAGCUGACCCCUGUUUUUAGCCAGCUGACAGCUCGCCCACUAAAGCUGCACAUCUUGCCUGGAGAGUCCUUCCCAACCCAGAGAAGGAACGUUGACAUACCUCCCUACUCAGCCCAAGUCAUUAAGAAUAUGCCCGAAAUGGCGACUUUUGUGUACAAUAUGUAUAUGCAGAUGAUGCAGAGAAGUCAGAAGUACCAGUACCGCCAGGAUCUUCUCCCUCCCCCUACUUCAACACAACAAACAGAUCAUCUGUCCACUCAGGACGAGGGUAUGGAAGUAGAUGCAGAGACUUUCCAAUAUGGGAAUGAAGCAUCAGAACAAGCUGCUCAGGAGAUCUCAAAAACAGAAGAGGGCACCACAGAGAAGAUGGCUGAUUCCAUAGACACUGAGGAAACACUAAAACCUAUGGAAGUAGGGAGUGCGCAAGAGGAGAAGCUGGCCAGUGCUAUGGGCAACUCUGAGCAAGCAUCAUCAGAGAUAAACAGUGAAGCUAAGGCCCAGAAGUCAGAAACUGAAGCCACUGAAAUGAACCAGUCUGAUCCUGGACAGGUUGAGGUGAAGGAGCCAGAGACUGAACAAACCCAUUCAGAGAAGCAAACGCAAAACAAACCCUCUGAGGGGGCAUCCGGGACUGCGGAAGGGGUGCAGCAGGAGGCAAUGGAUACAGGAGAAGGGGGGGAUUCACAUGUGAUCGAUCAGCAAGAAGAAAAGGGCACAGAACAUCAUAAGAUGCCAGAGCAUCCUGGCAGAGACAGUGAUAGUGAAUACAGUGAGGAUGAAGGGGCAGAGGAUUAAUCAUGAUAGAAUGAGAUGGCAGACCCGUUGUCUUUUAUUACCAUGUGUGAUAAUUUGCAUCAUUCCAGGACCAUGUCGCUGUGUAGGCCUCGUACAGAAGCGAAUGUAUUAUCCACAGUGCUGCCUUCCCUUUUAUAGUCAUGGAAAUUGGGAUGAAAAUUUUUUCUAAGUUUAUUUCUCAUCCAAAAGUAGAAACAAUACAGACUUGUCUUGCCACAGCUGGGCUUUGCGCUAUAGUGUCUUGCUUUGUGUUAGAACUGGAUUGUGUUCACGUCUCCUCCCAGCAGCUGGCAACAUCCCAACCUGUGUACGGAAGGAAGCGCUCGUGUGCCAUGCAAAUCACCAAUUCAACUUUGUAACAGUCCUCUGGGUGCAUUAUCUAUAAUUAUAUAUAUAUAUAUAUAUAUAUAUUGCUGCCAGAUGGCUGGGUAUCCUUCCCCUGCCUUUUUCUUGCUUUGCCAUGUUCAUCCCAGAGGAGCACAGAGCCAUAAUCGGGUUGCUGGCCUCUCCUAGCUGUGCCACUGACUAAAUACAAUGCUGGAUGUGUUCUGGUCAAGGGAAGCAUUUGAUUCACAAUGAAUUUCUUUUCUUUGCAUCCCUCGGGGGUGCACCCAGACAGCAGAAAAUCACAAGUUAUAUUUUGUAAACUUUGCAGUAAAGUUUAUUUUAUACAAAUGGCUUCUGUUCUGGUUGUAAGAUGAAGAUGGGGUAAACCUAGGGUAAAAGGGUGCAACUUGUAUGGGUAGUAUGUGCAGCCUGCCCAUAGGCAAAAACUCUCAGAACACUAUAAAAAGUAUUAUCCAGAUCACCAGUCCUGUGACAUUCCUGACCUAAGUGCCAAAUCUGAGGGCACACACCGGUUUUUACAUAGGAUUUAUUCCAUAUAAUUUACUAAAACCUUCUGUUUUCUUAU